GCCUGCCUGGCGGACAGCCGGACAAAGAAGGAGAAAGAGCUGAACGAGGCCAGCCAGAGCUUGAAGGGGAAGAUGUCCGAGCUGCGGCUGUACUGUGAUCUGCUGAUGGAGCAGGUCCACAAGAUCGAGCACUCUGUCCAGCCUGGGGAGGGAGGCACGCUGCCAGACACACAGACCAUGACGGAUGCGUCCUCCCUGCUGAAGGAGACCUGCAACCAAUUUGUGGGCGUCCUGGAAGACUGCAUGCGCAUCUCCAGUAAGCACAUGGCUCCUGAGCUCUGCCACCUGUCACCUCCGGACUCCCCCGCCAUGAUGGUCUGUCCCAGCCAGCACCAUUCGCGACGGGUGAAGAGGUCAGUGAGCCACACGGGUGUGAUCACGCCAGACAGGCUGGCGAGGGCGAUCAGCCCGCAGCUGGAGACGAGGGACGGCGAGACGGUGAUGAGGAACCUGGAGCAGAUGGCGGCGUGCCGAGCCCAGAGGCGGGCCAUCCUGCGGUCGGACAGCGAAGGCGCAGCGGCCACGCUUCCCGAGGGCCCGGAGGAAGGGUUCUUCGCUGUCAGGGCCGUCCCAGAGGCCCCAGGGAAGGAGAACGGACACUGAUAUCGGGGGGUCCCCCUCCCCCCCCCCCAGCUCUCGGAGCCCUCAGGUUACUGGGCCGUCCUGCUGGGCGUGGUGGGAGGAGGAGAAGGAGGAAGAGGGGAGUGGGCUAGCUUAGGAUACGAGGACCUUUUGACCCAGGACAAAGAACGGGGAGGCGAUCGUCCUUGUUGGGGAGAGCUUGGCACCCCAGUUCCAGGCUCAUCCUAGGGCUGGUGCGAAUGGGGACCUGAGCAGACUGGAAAGGAGUGUGGUUUCAGUGCCUAAUACUGGAGACCACAGCAGCGUUUUUAAAUACUUUGAUCUUAGUAUUAAAAUAUUAAGCACAUGAAGAUGCAAUCAAUACCCUUGUAAUCCUAAGGUACAGCGUAUCACACCCUUCCCUUUCAGAGGGCUUGUUCUGCCUAAAUAUUUUUCUUACACUACACCAGAAAGUCCCUGCUCAAUGAAUCAGAGGUACUGCGUUUUUGUAUGUUUGUCAUUAAUGUCUGUUGUCUGGUGUGCCACGCUCUUUAAUUUACGAGGAGCGCUUACCACUGGAAUGUGGGAGAUCGUGUUAUAUUUGAAAGUGCCACAAGAGGGCAGCAUGACCUUUAUACUGUUCUGUCGUUUUCAUUGGAACAGCCGUUAACAAAUCAAACUUUCUAAUUUAAUACUUUAAUUAAGGAGUCUCCAGCUAAUGUUUCCUUCUUCCCUUGUUCCUGCUUAGAGGAUGCUUUAUACCAGUAGGAUGAUUCAUAGAAACAAUAGGGGCCAGAAAUUCCUUAUAACUUGCUUAGAAUGUUAUAAAAUGAUUUUUUUUUUUUUAAUUGAAGUUUGAGUACACAAGUCAAAGAAUUUAUUCAGUCCCAGUCAUUGUAAGGGCUGGUUUUGCCGAACAGGAGUCAGACUGGUGAAUCACAGUACUAUCCAUCUCGGAUCUCCCGUCUGGAAUAAUUGUUUUUCUGCCAUCCGUAUCGGAUCCGUCCAUCAUCGGUUAUCGCUGGUGAGGGUGAUGGAGCCCCAGAGCACAGGGGAGCAAUGCAGGACUCCACCCUUGAUGGGACACCAGUCUGUCACAGCUUAUUAGAUCCACAGAUGUUAUUUUUAAGUUGGCACGCAGAUAGAAGUGUAUUCAUUAGUUACACUGCAAAAUGACUACAUGGAUAUCGGAUUGCGUGCCCUGUUUCUUUUUUCUGUGUGUAGAAUAGCAAUACAAACUGCAGGGGAGGGUUACUGCAGUGUUAGUCAUCUUCUGCCUAAGACGUGGGAUUGAUUAUGUGAGCAAGACAUGUAGGUCUGAUGGCUUUCCGAGAGACGGGGAAGUAGAUGAUGUGUGAUCUGUUUCGGGUUUUGUGACCUGCAGGCCCUUGUGCGCGAGCACUUGAUGCCAAAGGACAGAAGGGAUUUGAGAGAAUAUUUACAAUGUAUCAGUGUAGGCAAGUGUAUUAACGUGCUGUUCAUUCUUCCAGCCUCUACUGCAUUAUAUCUUAUUGUAGAGUUUGCUCAACGUGAGCAGCCCAGCUCCCAUCAUUGGAUUUUACAGACGCGCCUGCAGUAUGUAAAACCUGACAUGGAGUCGGUGGCUAUGCAUUGGGAGUCUUCAUCUCUGUCCGUGGAGCUUCUGUCCAGCUUCUUUCUGGAUGGCCAAGCCUGCGUCUGGAGGCAGCACGUCGAGGUGGUGCCCGAGUUGUGCUUGGGCGUACUUUCUUUGGGGUGAGGGGUUUGAUUAAGAGUGUUAUUGAAGGAUGUGCCCUGUGUCGCAUGUCCACAUGCGUGUUGAACCCUGAAACGUUCAGCAUGCGUGUUUGCUCUUUGGUCUGUGAGUUUAGAAUGUGUGCCUGAAUGGCGCGUACAUUUCAAUGAAAGUAGCAUUUAUAACGCUAUCCGAUUGUUUUGUAUAUGACGAUAAUAACAUUAAUAAAGUAUAUAUUUUUCAG